UUACAUAUAUUUCCAGCUUUGGUUAUCAAUGUGUCUCCAACUAAACUAGAUGCUGGCCUGUCAAGAAACCUGAACGUUGAAUGUCUCUUAUCGCCUGGUGAAGUUCCGGCCAUGUCAUAUCUAAUUUCAUUGUCUCUUUACUUCGCUAAAAACAAACCUGAGACAGAACAGAUUAAUAAUUUAGAAAGUCAUAAAUUAGUAUUCAGCUAUCUUGCUUCGAUAAACAGCUUUGACUCAAUUGUCAAUGUCGAAAGAGACAAUUCUUCCAGUGUAAAGUAUUUUGGUCAGAUGAAUAGAAGUAAUGCAUCUUUCCUGCGACUUAUUUGGGAAUACCCGGACUCGAGACAAGCCGGUGUGUACAAGUGUGAAGCCAAUGGUAUUAACGUGAUUGGAAAGCCAGUGUCACUGACAGCCGAGUCUUCGGUCACUGCUGUAGAUCCAGACACUAAACGUCUGAUUGCGGAACUACAGAAACUUUCAAGAAUGGUAGAAGAAAUUCAGUUGCGCGUCAACAGUUCGGAAACGCGCAUAGAAUUUCUUGAGUCCGAAAGUCAAUUAAAGUUCUUCAGACAACAGGCUGUCGAGGAAGCCCUCUUCGUAGUGAUACCAGAGUUUCAAGGGAGGAAAUACAUGCUGACCAAGAACAGACUUUUAAUGACAGCUGAUCAGGCUGUUAUGUUGUGUGUGAUGUUUGACGGCUACCUGGCUGAAAUCGAUACCGAGGCUGAAUACAACUACCUUCGUGACCAUGUGUUCAAGCCAAGUUCUUUUGAUUAUGUUGUCACAGGGGCAACAGACGAAAAAAACGAAGGUGUUUGGAUAAAUAGAUAUAGUCAAUCUCGCGUAACUUUCUUCAACUGGGGAAUUCAACAACCACAAGGGGGUAGGCUAGAAAACUGUCAAAGUUUUGCCCGGUAUGAUAGCUGGCUUCAACACGAUUUCAGAUGCUCCGUUGUCACCGAAGUUCAAGUCGGCUUUCUGUGUGAAGUAGACAAUUACGGAUUGAUUGGAAAAACGAAUCAAACCUCAUUGUACAAAUGAUUUGUCUUGCACGGCGAAGUUUGAAAAAAAUCUACACCUUUAAAUAAAUGUUCAUAAAUAUAUGUCUUUGUAAAAGGUAAUAA